AUGCCUUCUGCCGUCAUAAAUACAACGAUUCAAUCGUGCAUCUUAUCUGGAGCAAGCAACAUUAUCGCACAAUUUAUCUCCGCGCACCAAAAUAAUACUGCAUUCACGAUAGACUGGGCACCGGUUUCUCACUUCAUCCUUUACAGCGCGCUGAGCGCGCCGCCAAAUUUCUAUUUACAAUCGCUCCUCGAAGAUCUCCUGCCUUCCAAGAAACAACCUCCUUCACAAAAUGUCUCGGAGAAGUCUUCAUCCUCCAAAUCCCCAAAACCAGCCCAAUCCCUCUCACUCACAAACACCAUCCUCAAAGUCCUACUCGACCAGACCCUUAUCGCAAUCCUGAACGUAAUGUUCUUCCUCAUAACCUUUUCAGUCCUCCGAGGAUCCAGUCUCCCACAAGCUAUACAAAGUUCUAAGGAAGAAUACUGGGAUAUGAUGAAGGCCGGUUGGAAAUUAUGGCCAUUUGUUAGUCUGAGCAAUUUUGCCGUCAUCAAGAGUGUACAGGGACGGGCUCUAUUGGGGAGUUUGGCCGGGAUUGGGUGGAAUGUAUACCUGGGGUUGGUACAGGGUGGAAAGUGA